UAAUUGAAAGGAAAACCCUGCAGCCACUAGGCCCUCCAUGGAAUGAGUUUGACACCCCUGCGUUAGACUAGCCCUAUACUGCUUUUUGCACUGUUUAGGACUAAGCCAUUUCAUUAUGUCCAGUCACAAAGGAAUAUCACACUUCUGACCCUAGACUGACUCCAAUCACCUACUAUUAACACCUGACUUCUGACCCUCUGGCUCAGUCACAUCACUUUGAACUGUUAUUCUGAUUGACCAGAGCUCUUGCAGACAAUGCUGCAGCUCUCCUCAAAGCCCGCGUAUGUCGCCGUUUCUCCACCAUAUCACCUCUCAUUCUCUCUUCCUCCCCCCUCUCGGUUCCCGUUCCCAGCCCUGCUGUCUCUCUCUCUCUCCACUCCCCCCAUCUUUCUUCUAUAGGCUACAGCACAAGUAGAAGAAAAAAAUCCAGCUAAAAGCUUUUCCGGUCUGCUAGACUUAAUUUCCUCUAAAGACGUCUCUCGCAGAGAGGAGUGGAGGACGCACACAGGCAGACUGACAGACCAACGGUUGGAGUUGCACCGGCGGUCACCGAGAAGACUAAUCUUCACUCUUAUCUUGUACUGAAGGAUAUGGUUUCUUUAGGAGGGGUAUGAACCGCGGAGCAGUGCUUCUCGGCGGCCUGUGCCGGGAAACGUGUCCGCCGUGGGUGUGAGGGAGAGCGGAAUGGUCUGCCUGGACGGAACGCACUGGUCUCGCACGGCCGCUCCAGUCUCCAGUAUCCACGCGCUCCCGACUGCGCCAACCGAGCGCCGCUCGGUCCAUAGCGGUGUGAUUUGUUUCACGGACCGCCUCAAAAACAUUGGGCAUCCCACUUGUCUUUUAUCGGUUACAUAAUUGAAACUGAAUGUAUGUGUCGCUCCCGUAACCCGGACUGAUUCUCAGGCGGGGAGGCAGAGUACGUUGAAACUACACAUGCAGUGAAGAUGUGUGCUGCCAGGUUCAGUAGCAGCAGUAGCGUCAACGGCUGUGGGGGCGUUGGGGACCGGGAUGAGACCACUACUAAUGGACCCGGUACGGGUCCGGCCACCACAUCCCGCAUGCUGGACUGGUCCGAGGAGGGCACCCGCAUCCUCCACAGCCUGGAGAUUGGAACGGUCAUGACCGUGUUCUACCAGAAGAAGUCCCAGCGACCGGAGAGGAGGACCUUCCAGAUACGACAGGACACUAGACAGAUAGCGUGGAGCCGCAACCCUGACAAGAUAGAGGGAGAGAGUGAGUAUAAGUGGCUGAGGAGACAAUUUGAGGUGAUGGACAGGAAUCGUGAGGGAAGUAUUACAGUAAAGGAUGUGAAGGCCCUGUUACCUCAUAUCAACUACAGAGUCCCCAACAUGCGCUUCCUCAAAGACAAGCUACAGGAAGUGGAAGCCAGGUGUGAUCUCUCCUUCCCUCACUUUGCUCAGCUCUACAGAACAUUGAUGUUCGACGCACAGAGGAGUAUCAUUGAGCAGCUGGAGCUCUCCUUCCCCCUCCGGAAUGUGGACAGACCAGAGCUGUGUCAGAUCUCUUUUUACGACUUCCAGAAGUUUCUACAGCUGGAUCAGAAGGAGUCAUGGGCGUCGGACCUGAGCCGCGUCAGAGAGUUCCUAAUGGGCUACCUGAGGGGUGGAGCACAGACCGAACCUAUGCUACAGCUAGAUGAGUUCCUGACGUUCCUGUACUCCAAGGAGAACUCAUUGUGUGACCCUCGACCUGCUGUUGUUGUCUCUGACGACAUGAAGAGACCCCUGUCUCAGUACUGGAUCUCCUCAUCACACAACACGUAUCUGACAGGUGAUCAGUUCUCCAGUGAGUCAUCUCUAGAGGCCUACGCUCGUUGCCUGAGGAUGGGCUGUCGCUGCAUAGAACUUGAUUGCUGGGAUGGGCCCGAUGACCUGCCAAUCAUCUACCAUGGCCACACUCUCACCUCCAAGAUCAAAUUUCUGGACGUGCUGCACACCAUCAAAGAGCAUGCCUUUGUCACGUCAGAGUACCCAGUGAUUCUGUCCAUAGAGGACCACUGUAGUGUGGUCCAACAAAGGAACAUGGCUACUCACUUUAAGAAGGUGUUUGGAGAUCUGCUGCUGACCAAACCAGUGGACGUGAAUGCAGAUGAGCUGCCCUCGCCCUACCAGCUACGCAGGAAGAUACUCAUCAAGCAUAAGAAACUGGUGGAGGGCUCUCUGUAUGAAGAGGUGACGUCAGCCAGCUACUCUGAGGCUGACAUCAGUAACUCCCUCAGGAAUGGCAUUCUCUACCUGGAAGACCCCAUAGACCACGUGAGUGUGUGUGUGGGAACAUAUGUGAAUGCGACGUGUGUGCAUACACACCUGUGGACCCUCCCCUCCAGGCGAUCUGGGCGUGUGCAGCACUGUAGGAUCCACUCCCGCCAGGAGUCUGGCUCCACCCGCUACUACCUGACUGACAACUUGGUGUUUGACAGCCUGUAUAGACUCAUCUGCCACUACAGAGACACGCCCCUACGCUGCAACGAGUUUGAGAUGAGGCUGGGCAGCCCUGUACCACAGCCCAACGCACACGAGAGCAGAGAGUGGUUCCACUCCAGUCUGUCUCGUGUCCAGGCUGAACACAUGUUGAUGAGGGUACCCAGAGACGGGGCCUACCUGCUCCGCAAACGCAGCGACAUCAACUCCUACGCCAUCUCCUUCAGGGCGGAGGGUAAGAUCAAACACUGUCGUAUCCAGCAGGAGGGCCGUAUGUUCAUGUUGGGUAGCUCAGCAGAGUUCGAGAGUCUGGUUGACUUGGUCAGCUACUAUGAGAAACACCCCCUGUACCGCAAAAUGAGGCUGCGCUACCCCAUCAACGAAGACACACUGGACCGCAUGGGCACCACGGAGCUAGACUAUGGAGCGUUGUAUGAAGUCAGGACCCCACAUUUCUACGUCGAGGCCAACAAGAUGCCCACGGCUCGGUGUACGGUCAAGGCCCUGUAUGACUACAGAGCCCAGAGGGACGACGAGCUGUGUUUCCCCAAACAGGCCCUCAUCCUCAGCGUGGACAAGCAGGAAGGAGGCUGGUGGCGAGGUGAUUACGGAGGGAAGAAGCAGCUGUGGUUUCCUGCCAACUACGUAGACGAAGUCCCCAACUCACCCGCCCGCGAGACAGGAGACGAGGCAUCUACAGAGAGCAGUCCACUAGGAACAUUUCUCAAGGGCUUCAUUGAUGUGCCCACCUGCCACGUAGUGGUUCAGAAGGAUGGGAAGAGUUCCAGGCCAUAUGUGUUCACCGUCCACUCCCAGCAGAUGUCAAUUCACCCUGGCCAGCCACUGGACAUUGCUUCAGACACCCUGGAGGACCUGACUGGUUGGGUGGGGAAGAUCAGAGAGGCCACACAGAACGCAGAUGCACGGAUGCAGGAAGAGAAGCAGAUGGAGAGGAGGAAGAAAAUCGCACUGGAGCUCUCUGAGCUGGUGGUCUACUGUAGACCUGUCCCCUUCAACGAAGAGAAGAUCGGGACAGAGCGGGCAUGUUUCCGGGAUAUGUCAUCAUUCCCAGAGACCAAGGCAGAGAAGUUUGCCACGCGGGCAAGAGGGAAGCGGUUCCUGCAGUAUAACCGUCGCCAGCUCUCCCGGGUCUACCCCAGAGGACAGAGACUAGACUCCUCUAACUACGACCCUUUACCCAUGUGGCUCUGUGGAUCCCAGCUGGUUGCACUCAACUUCCAGACACCUGACAAGCCCAUGCAGUUGAACCAGGCUUUAUUCAUGCUGGGUGGGGGGAGUGGCUUCGUGCCCCAGCCUGACAUCAUGAGGGAUGACACCUUUGACCCCUUUGACAAGGACACCCUCCGCCUGGAGCCAAUCACCAUCCAGCUACAGGUACUGGGAGCUCGUCACCUCCCUAAGAAUGGCCGCAGUAUAGUGUGUCCCUUUGUAGAGGUUGAGGUGUGUGGGGCCGACUACGACUGCAGCAAGAGCAAGACCGACGUCGUGGCUGACAAUGGGUUGAACCCAGUGUGGGUUCAGAGGCAGUUUGUGUUUGACGUCCAUAAUCCGUCCUUCUCCUUCCUGCGUUUCUUGGUCUAUGAGGAGGACAUGUUCUCUGACCCCAACUUCCUGGCUCAGGCCAUCUACCCUGUCCGCUCACUAAGAACAGGCUACAGGAGUGUUCCACUAAAGAACAGUUACACUGAAGAGUUGGAGCUGGCUUCUCUGCUGGUUCACAUUGAGAUUGUCAACGCCAAGGAGGAAGAUGAUCAGAACCUGUACUCGUCCAUCCAAAGGCUGAGAGACCGCACCAGUGAGCUGUCCAGUCAGGUGUCAGUUCUGGAGAGGGCGGGGUCAGGAGGUGACCACAGCUAUCAGCAGAGUCUGGAGGAGCUGAGAGCAGCACAAGAUCAGCUCAGUGAACUAGUGGAGACACGCAACCACAGGCUGAUUGAGAAGAAGAGGAGGGAGAAGCUGAGGCAGCAGGUGGGGGCCAAGCGGAACUAAAAUGCCCAUCUGACCACCAACCAACCAGUCCCCCUCUACUGCUGCACACUGAUGAUCUUACACCCAUGGAAAGACUAUUCAAUCUACUAAUAACUGGAUUACCCCUGCUAUAAGUGUGCAUAGACUACACAGAGAUGCACAGUGUGUUGGAUAAAAAUAAACAAAAAAAACACUAAUCUCAUGGAACAAAAACCUUCAGAAAUGGAACCUAGAAUGAGAAAAGGGUUAUAAAAGAAUUCAGUGUUCUGAACAGCGAGGUCAGAUAAACUGAACUGACCUGAGAGUAGCGGUGUUCUAAUCUAUAAGGAGAAUACACAGGAUAUGUGUCCCAAAUGGCACCCAAUUCCCUAUAUAGUGCACUACCUUUGACCAGGGCUAAUAGGGGUAUGGUGCACUACUGUAGAUAGGGAAUAGGAUGCCUUUUGGGAUACACCCAUAGCCUCUAAGAGAGUAAGGUAGUGUGUCAGAGAGUCAACCAUUAGUAUAGGCGUAAUCCAGACUCAAAAUCUCUCCGUGCUAGAACUGGUCUCACAACUGAAAACUGGAAUAAUCUUAUUUUAUUGACCACAGAGGACCUAUGAGAGCGAGAAUCUACUAUCUUGGCCGUGGCACAAAAAUGGCUAAAGAGAGAAAAUGGGAACCACUACUCAUGGACUGGCUUUUAAAGGGCUUUUAAAUGGGAGUAGGACCAAGUCUAUUCCUCAAAGACUAAAGUCUACUUCUCCUAUCCUGGGGCAGCAGACUAACUAACAGCAGGGACUGGAGUCUAAUGCCCUCUAGUGGUAGGGAUGUGGUAUUGUUUCCAAAAUUGACCCCUCUUCUUUUACCUGGGAGAGCACAAACAGGACUUUUAUUACUGUGUUCAUUAGAGACUUACUAACACUG